AUGGAUAACGGUGGUGUGGAAUACGAGGAAGAGACGGGGCUUGACCUGUUCUUGAGACUCGGAGCGCCAUGGCUUCUGCUGAAAAGCGGCUGCCCAGAUAUUGAUAGUCUCCUGAAAGGUGGUGUUAUUAAGGGAGAAAUAACCGAAUUUGUUGGUGGUGUUGCUGCUGGCAAAACACAGGUAAUAAAAUUGUAG